CUGAGCAGAGCAAGCUGCGAUCAUGAUACGGUCGCCAUGCCGCGUCCGCAUCAUAGCACUCGCGCUGAGACGCGUUGGGCGGUGCGAAUCAUUCCUUUGUUCAUCGUUGCGAUUCUAGGCGUGGCCACCUACAGCGUGGUUGCGAGACUCUGCAUUGAUUACCUUUACAAUGAAAAACAUCAGUCCGGCGUUGUCACGGCGUUCCUCGUCCUCUAUUUCCUAUUCUUCCUGUUAAUGGCCGCGGCCUAUCUACGAACAUUCUUUACAACCCAACUAAACCCGGGCCUCGUCCCCUUACCUCCCCGAGAGCAAACCGAGCGCGAAGCCGCCGAGAAGCUGCGAAAGCGAAGACACAAGCGCAACCGAGAUGUCGAAGAGAGUGCCUACACCCCUCCCGACCCAAACCCGGACAGCCCGGGGCUGGAAGCCUUCUACAGCAAGGACGUUUUCGUGUGCGAGGUCGACGGCCGUCCUAAGUGGUGUUCAGAGUGCCAGCAGUGGAAGCCCGAUCGCUCGCAUCAUUCGAGCGACCUGGGCCGUUGUGUGAGGAAGAUGGACCAUUUCUGCCCAUGGGUUGGUGGCAUGGUCUCUGAGACAUCCUUCAAUUUCUUUACGCAAUUCUGCUUCUACACUGGCCUCUUUUGCGCCGUCAACCUGGCCGUGGGAGCGUAUUCUUUCCGGCAACACCAACAGGAUGGAGAUCCAACCGACGGAUGGGCACUCGCUGUCAUCGUUCUAGCUUGCGUCUUUGGUACCUUUACGUUUGGUAUGGCGCUUACUUCGAUUCGAUUCAUCUUCCUAAACACCACAAACGUCGACAUGCUUAAGAGGUCGAAUGUGGUCGUCUUGGCCGUCCGCAUCCCCUUGUCCACUCCUCCAUCAAUUAAAUAUCCAGUCAUUGUAUACCCUCUUCGGGGGCCGCCGCACCGUCCUGGAUCCGAUGGCCAGCCGCCUAGUAGCCAGUACGGCACCGUCUCUGCCAGAGAUCAGCAGGCAGAGCGAAAGUUUGCCAUCCUGCGCACGAAGCCGCGAGAAAACCCGUGGAAUCUGGGCUUGAGAGAAAACUGGAAGUCCAUCAUGGGAGACAAUAUCAUAGAGUGGCUGCUCCCCAUUCGUCACUCGCCGUGCUGUAACCACGAAAGCAUGGAGAGCGAUUACAAGCUUGGGCCUCUGAUAUCCAGAUUGAGGAAACGAUAUGGAGCUCCCGAGCUCGAAACUCCCACUCGCAGUGGACAUGCCAUCGAAUUGCAGGAUAGAACUGGCCGGCGCGCCAGUGAUUGAUUGACUGCCCCCUCUAUCUGUCUAUAAUCAUUCUCACUCCUUUCAUCAUUCCGCAUCAGCAGGAUUUCUACUUGUCAUUGUUUUUCUCGCAAGGUGGCGUUGCAUUGAUUUCCAGCAGUUUAUAUCUGCUCUCUCUUCUAAUCGAUUCCCCUUUCCUUGUUUGUUGUAUUAGUUAUGGGCAUAGACAAGGGGCCCCCUUUUGUGCAAAUCAUCCCUUUUCCUACGGUACAUGUACACGUUCUUCAUGAACGCGACCAAGGCGGUCGCCUUGAGAAAUUUCCUUUAAUUAGUAUUUUGUUUUUGCUGGUCUAGGCUGGACGGGGAAACGCAUCAAAAAAUCGGGUUUCGCGUAUGGAAUGUUAGACACAAACACAGACACAACGAUUAGCUGGCGGCGCUAUGCAGCCGACGAUCAUGCAUAUACGGUAGCAAAUCAUCCCCUGGUAUCGGUUUUUUAACGACUGGUC